AUGUUGAACAGAAUCACCAAAUCUCGUUCUCGUGCCGAGAAGACUAAACAAAAGGAUUCUCUUCUUUCCUUAGUUCUUCAGAACGCUAUUACCAUGCCUUCUUGUUCCUUCUGCGAGGAUCGUGGUAUUCAAUCUUGUCAAGUCUCUGUCGAGGAUUCCUCUCGCUGCGCUGAAUGUGUUCGCCUGAGUUGUUCUCGGUGCGAUGUUCAAGGGUUGAGUGCAGCGGAAAUUCAUCGGAUAGGCAUUCAAUACCAACGCCUGGAGGACCAACUUGAGAGUGCUGAGGAGCGGCUGUGCAAUGCUGCUGCGGAGAUAGGAUGUUUGUGGAAGCAGAAGCGUCUGUAG